AUGGAUGCGUACUGCCGCUAUGUGAUGGCGGUGGAGGAGGUACCUGUGCCUCCCAGCGCGCCUGACGCCGCUUCGUCGUCCCACCGCAGCGGCCUCCUGCGGUCCCGUAGCACGAAGCACGGCACGGGGCAUUCUGAUAAAAGCGGUGGGGCACUCUCCGCAGCGCUGCCGCCCUCCCCUUCGCUGCCUCCUUCUCGUCCGUUCAAGAGAUUCAAGCAGGGGAAGCGGAUGGCGGAUAAGCGCCUCCCAAGGGCAUCUCUUGAUGCCGCGUUGCCAGCGGGCGGCGCUGGCGCUCACGAGAGGCUUGUAUCCGCAGCUAGCGUGCAGGUCCCUUCGUCCGAUGCGCUGACGACGGCGAUGCGGCAGGCACCGCCGUCGCUGUUCGGCGACAAUGCAGAGAGCCUUCCACACGCGGAGCGCUCAGGAGUGCGAGUGAUGGGCAUAGGCGACUCCAUCGCCCAGCUUGGAGGGAGCGAAAUGGAGAGAAAACACGUUGUGAAGGCGUCGCUUCGCAGCGGUGGCGUGGUGCUGGCGGUGGAGCAGGAUCGACUAUGGAGCACGGAGCGGGCGCGCGUGCUACCGAUGUUCCGCGACCGUCGCAAGGAUGGUGUGGUAUGCCGUGUGGAGCCGCCGCCAGGCAGCGGUGCCGACGCUGCGAUGCAGGAUAAUGAGUCGGUUGCACCUGCGGAAGCCGCCGCGAAGGACGGCGCCGAGCAGCCACCGCGACAAGGCCGAGGCACGAGGCAGCGAGCCUCAGCAGCGGCCGCGGCGGAGGCGAAGGAGGCGAUGCUUGCUCGUGAGGCGUGGAUCUCGUCCUUCUACACGACGGCGGAUGCGUCCGAGGAGAUACCGCUGCAAGACCAGGUACAGGUGAACCCCUCCGCCGGGGUAACCGUGAUGGCGGCUAACGGUUCGGCGUCCGCCUCUCCUGCACUGCGCCGCUCCAACAAGGCAGCAGCGGGCAACACCGUGGUAGCCAGCGGGGGCCCGUUCGUCGUUCCGGCGGACCGCGUGGCGCUCUCCUCGUUUGACGACAAGCGGCCGGCUGCGCGCAAAGGCAACGGUGGCCUUGCCCGCACCCAGCAGCCGUCCCGCAAUACUAAGCGAGCGGCACGACUUGGUAAGGCAACGCUCUCUGGGACAGCGUCCAGCGGGCACUAG